UAACAGUUGCUCGCCCAUUUCCAUAUACAGAGAGAGUGGAGAAGAAAUUUUUGACUGUUUAUAGUGAGACAAGAGUGAGUGAAUGAGUGGAGGAGAAAAUUUUGCCUGUUAUAUAGUGAGAAAAACAGAGUGAAUGAGCAGUUUCGGUGAAUCAAUAAUAAUUGUAGCACCAUUGUGAGGCGAUGUUUUCGUAUGGAAACAGUUGUAUUCCUGUAUUAUCUGAAUCUCACGUCAAGCAUUUGUUUUGUUGGAUCUCAGAGUUGUAAAAUGCUAGCAUUUUAAACUCUUCGUCUGUUCUGCAUGUAUUCACUCACUCUGAAGCUCCAAAAAUUAUCCAUGUAAGUUUGAGUAUUUGGGAUUUAUUUUGGAGAUUAUGAGCGGAUAUAUUGUAAUUUUCAUUGCCAAGUUCUUUUAUUUGCUUUAUAGUUAAUGAUUAUUCCUGAAAUUUAUCUCCUUUUGAUUGUCUACGGCAUUGAUUGAAAAAAUAAAAGUUGGAGUUCAAGAAUUGUGUUUGGAAAAUGGAAGGGGUGUUUGAGAAAAGUUUGGACUCGGAAUUAUGGCAUGCUUGCGCGGGAGGAAUGGUUCAAAUGCCGUCAGUGAACUCUAAGGUAUUCUAUUUCCCACAAGGCCAUGCAGAGCACACACUCAUGGAAUUCCCAGCCUUGCCGAGAAUUCCGCCUAUGAUUCUCUGCAGGGUUGCGGCUGUGAAAUUUUUGGCAGACCCUGAAACAGAUGAAGUUUAUGCCAAAAUGAGGUUGAUCCCAGUUGUGAAUAGUGAUUAUAGUCUCGAUGAUGAUGUGGGGUUGGGAGGAAAUGGAUCUGUAAUGAAUGAAAAACCCACUUCUUUUGCAAAGACAUUGACUCAAUCUGAUGCGAACAAUGGUGGGGGUUUCUCUGUUCCGAGGUACUGUGCAGAGACUAUAUUUCCUAGGUUGGAUUAUUCGUCUGAUCCGCCUCUCCAGACUGUGAUUGCUAAGGAUGUUCAUGGGAAGACUUGGAAGUUUAGGCAUAUCUAUAGGGGGACGCCGAGGAGGCAUUUAUUGACCACUGGGUGGAGUUGUUUUGUUAAUCAGAAGAAGUUGGCUGCAGGAGAUUCGGUCGUGUUUUUGAGGGCCGAAAAUGGGGAUAUCUGUGUUGGGAUUCGGAGGGCCAAGAGGGAUGGCAGCAUCGGUGGCCAUGAAUCUUCAUCUAGGUGGAAUUCUAGUGGUUGUGCUGGAAAUUAUAGAUACUUUUCUGCAUUUGAUAGCAAGCUGAUGCACAGAAGCGGCAAUAAUGGGAGCCUAAGGGCGGAGAGGAGCAAAGUGAAGCCUGAAUCAGUUAUGGAGGCUAUAUUUCUUGCCACCAGUGGCCAGCCUUUUGAGGUGGCUUAUUACCCGCGAGCAGGCACGCCGGAGUUUUGUGUAAAGGCUUCCUCCGUCGGUGCUGCGAUGAAGAUCCAGUGGUUGUCCGGGAUGAGGUUCAAGAUGGCUUUUGAAACAGAGGAUUCUUCCCGGAUUAGCUGGUUUAUGGGUACUAUAGCUUGCGCUCAGGUUGCUGAUCCCGUUCGCUGGCCUAAUUCAUUGUGGCGACUCCUUCAGGUGAGAUGGGAUGAACCGGAUAUGCUACAAAAUGUAAAACGUGUUAGCCCUUGGCUAGUCGAAAUGGUCUCAAAUAUACCUGCCAUUCAUCCCUCACCCUACUCACCACCACGAAAGAAGUUUCGUUUACCACAUCAUCCCGUCUUUCCGCUUGAUGACCAGUUUCCAAUGCCGUCAUUUACAGGCAACCCUCUUGGGCCAAGCGGUCCCUUACGUUCUCUAUCCAAAGACAUCAAUGCAGGCAUACAAGGAACCAGGCAUGCUCAGAUUCGAGCCCCGAUCUCAGAUCACCUUAACAAUAAACUGCAGUUGGGACUUUUACCCCCUAGUUUCCCGCGGCUUGAUCUCCAUGCUAAAAUUGCUGAUGGUAUUGUCAGAAGCCACGAUGGUAAUGAAGAUAUUUCUUCCUUGUUAAGCAUGGGGAAUUCUAGUCAGAAAUCCAAGAAAGCUGAUACUGUAAUGACACCCCGAUUCAUCCUGUUCGGUCAGCCAAUACUCACCGAGCAACAAAUGUCUCGUGACUGCUCAAGUGACGUUUCUGAAGUAUUAUCAGGAAAGAAUUCUCCAAGUCUCCCAAAAAGUUUGUCCAGUACCAAACAGGGCUUUCAUGCAGCAGAGCUUGGAUUGGGCACAGGGCACUGCAAAGUAUUCUUGGAGUCAGAUGAUGUGGGUCGGAUUCUCCAAUUAUCCGCUCUUGUAUCAUAUGAAGAACUAUACAAAAUGCUUGGAAACAUGUUCGAGAUUGAAAGAUUAGAGAUGCUGAGCUACGUGUUCUAUCAUGAUGUAACUGGUGCUGUUAAACAAGUUGGAGAAGAACCAUUCAGUGAGUUCACAAAGAAAGCAAAAAGAUUGACAAUUCUAAUGAAGCCAGGCAUUAGCGACGUAGAAAGGAAAUUGAUUACUGGUCUGCCAACUUCUGAACGAGGACUAGAUUCAUCAAACCAGACAGGUCCUCCUUGGGCAUAUUUGCUCAGUACGAGCAUUUAAAUUGAUGUGAUAAAGUCUGGACGAAUUUCUGGUUUUCUUCUGUUUCUUUAUGAACUCAACUUUGAAAAAAUUUCUACAUACGAUUAUAUGGUCUUUUUGUGACCAUUGAAUUCUUUGGAUGUACUAAGCUCGAUCCAAAUUUCUGUCCAAAGGUUUCGAUGGAGAAAAUUGAUGCCUAAUUUGUAGCCAAAAGGUGAAUGAUAUUGUUCCCCUA